AUGCCUUCCAAUAACUCCGAUGGCGUCGACGAUAUCAGGGACUUGACACCAGUGUUGAACAAACCUCACGCCUUGUUGCCAUUUCUUCAAUUACAAUCUGCGACGUCUCUGAGUCGCUUGUAUCAGAGUCCUUCUUCAUGCUUGUCGAUCUUUCGGCUGUUGGAUUCAAUAGAGCGCCAACUUGUUAUGAAUCUGCUGUGGCUCGAAUCAGCGAUUUCGCUUACCACUAUGGGUGCAUGGGUUGUCCAGGACAAGAAAAAAGUGUAUGAUGACGCCCUGGACAUGUUAUCCAAACUCCAUAUAUUACAUAUUUCUGGUAAACUAUCUCUUAAUACCACCUUCAAAACGAGUCUGCGCCACGCUAUUACCGGAGGGGGAACUACCGGAAGUUUCGGUGUACCUGCUGAAAAAGAUGAAAAACGCCCACCUAUGGAUAUAGAAGGCCUCGAUGGAUAUGCAUUGGAACGUUGGGAGACUAUUCUUCACUUCAUGGUGUCAUCGGGAACAGGGCAGACUCCGACACGGCCUUCUCAGGGAGUCCUCUACCUUUUGCAACGCAGUGGUCUUAUGAGUAACCAACAUGGAUCGUUACCCCAGAUUACGUCCGCUGGAUUUCAAUUUUUGCUUCAUCCCCCGCACGCUCAACUUUGGGAUUUAUUACUACAAUACUUGCACAUGGCCGAGGAAAGACAGAUGGAUUUGGUCGAGGUCCUUACUUUUUUUUUCAUGUUAUCCACGAUGGAACUCGGUCGUGAAUAUCUUACAGAAAAUUUAAGUCAAACUCAAAAAGCAAUGCUUGAUGACCUCCGAGAUUACGGUCUGAUUUGGCAGCGUAGGGCUACAUCGCGACGUUUCAGCCCCACUCGACUGGCCACUACCCUUACCUCGUCAUCUCCCUCGCUUCCCACCAGCACUGGUGCGGCAAGUAGUUCGCAGCAAGGCUUCAUUGUUCUCGAAACCAACUAUAGGGUGUAUGCAUACACAGAUAACCCUUUACAAACCGCUGUUCUUAAUCUUUUUGUGUCCUUAAAGUAUCGUUUCCCCAACUUAGUAGUUGGAUCCAUAACCCGUGACAGUGUUAGACGAGCAUUGAACAAUGGGAUUUCCGCUGCACAGAUCAUCAGCUACCUGACCGCUCAUGCGCACCCUCAAAUGCGAAAAUUUAAUCCCCUAAUACCUGUCACUGUCCAAGAUCAAAUCCGUUUAUGGGAGUUGGAGAAGGAAAGAUUAAAAUCUCAAGAGGGGUAUCUUUACACCGCGUUUGCGUCGCAGGCGGACUAUGAGUUCGUUCUCGAUUAUGCCAAACAACUUGAUGUUGUCCUGUGGGAGAACAACGCCAAGCGCUGCUUCUUCGGCAGUCUUGAAGGACAUUCAAAUAUUCGCAAUUUCAUUGAACGGAGGACCAGUGGGGCCACCUAG